AUGAUCCCACUACGCGAAGCACAUGUCCAGAGCGGCUUGCCAUUAUUCCGUAUCACAGCGAGUGCCAAUGGAAAGGGUGGAGUGCAGGUGUACCUCAAGGGAGACGUGGUGUGGGCGCAGAAUAAGAAGGCAAGAGACGUAUGGGAACCGCUUGGGUUGGAUGGCGUGCUUGUAGGACGGGCAGAAGGGAAAUGA